CUUUUCCUGAAAAGAAGCCUUUCUGCGUGCCAUGUGGAAAGCGGGAUUGUUGGCCACUGUUUCCGCAGUGUCCGAUGGCGAUGUGCGCUUGGCAGGAGGGAAUACCGAUGCCGGCCGUGUGGAGGUCUUCCAUCUCGGCAAGUGGGGUUGGAUUUGUGGCAACAAUGAGUGGGAUACAGCGGCAGCAGAGGUGGUUUGCCGGCAACUGGGAUUGCGUAAAGGGCUGAGUAUAAUGCGAAUGCCCAAUGGACCCCAAGAGAAUAUCUCGGGCAUCCGAAACGCUCAGUGCAAAGGUACCGAGAAGGACCUGCUGAACUGCCAAAUUGAACUGAGCUUCAAUGGCAGCUGUUUGGAAUCCGAGUUUGGAGCAGUAGGAGUGAGAUGUACAAACUUUUUACCUGAGGAGCAGCCUCCUGUGGUGUUUCCGGCAAAUUUUACGUGGCCCUUGCAGGCAGAGCAGCGCUUGUUCUGCCAGGACCCGACAAAUGGUGAAAGUGAGGCACUGCCCACUUUUCAUUGCAGUGUACUCCACGAAGAAGGCAUUUGUGGAGCAAAUGAUGCUCCCAAUCCAUUCCUGGACUCCCUGGAUGCCUUUGUUUUCAAGGAGCCAAUGAAGGCUUACUUAGCACUUGCUGGCCAACAGCGCGAGGCAUUCAAUGUAUCUGCGGCCAGCGCCACUUGGCGUGCUGUUGGCUUCGAGCUGAAGAACUCAGCAGAGGUCGGAGCAUUACGCCGUGGAUUUCUCUCACCACUGGGACGUUUGCUCUUUGAUUUGGACUUUGAUUUGAUGAACCGAAGGAAGUUGCACCCGCUGGAGCCAGGUGCCGCACGUUUGUUUUCGGCACUGGAAGCGUAUGGAGCGGUGGAGCUGGAAGAUCUGGGCUUGCCCCGAAGUAUCCAGGAGCAAGCCUUGCAAGCCCUCGGCGAAGUCCGCGCACAGCAAGAAGGCAACAUGCUGGCUGCCGCACGGCCGAAGCUGCCCGAACUCGAGCAUUGGCUUCACAACUCGACGCUCAGUGCAGCGGUGGCUGCCUACUUUGGUGGUCAUGCUAUGCUGCACGGCUACAAGGUGGUGCAUUUGCCCUCCAAGUUCACGACAAAAGAUUUUGUGGCUGCGCACUGGCACCACGAUCGGACUGGGCACAGACUGAAACUGCUGAUUCGUUUGAAUGACGUGGAUCCACUGGAAGGGCAUCCAACCCAAGUGGCAUUGGGAUCGCAUCGCUUAUCUUUCUACUGGCAUGAGGAGUUCGAGCAAUCUCGUUAUGAGGAGGUUUACGUGCAGAAAGAGUUCCACACAGUUCGCUUGGCCGGGAAGAGGGGAACUGGCUUCCUCUUUGACACCAACAGCAUCCACAAGGGCACACCUGAAGGAUCUCAUGACCGAGACGUCAUUGUUGUCGAGUACCACCAAGCUGCCAAGUGCGGUGUCAUCUCCCAACUGCGGCUGAACCUGCCAUGCCCGAGUGGUGACCAGAGGCCUUUGAAUUGGUACUUUCGUCUGACAGACAAGUCCAUUCAGUGGAUGCCCCAUGCCGAUGUGCCGCGCAAGAAAAUCAUCAGGUUCAAGAAGCUUACAGCCCUUGCAAGAUGUCAGCUUCCAGCCAAAGCCAAGCCCCUCUCAAGCUGCAGGCAAUGCGAUGUUGCCAUCGUGGGAGGCGGUGUGAUUGGAGCAUCUGUGGCACUUCAUCUGGCCGCAGCAGGUGCUGGGAAAAAGGUCGCAGUCUUUGAGUCAGAUGCUUCAUAUUCCCGCGCCUCCGCACCCCGCUCGGCGGGUGGCAUCCGGCAGCAGUUCUCUCUGCCGGUGAAUGUGGAGCUGUCGCUCUAUGGCGUAGACUUCCUGAAACACAAACUGCAUGACCUUUGCGAAGGAAUUGAUGUAGAUGCGGAUGUGCAGUUUAAGGAGAAUGGCUACCUCCUGCUGGCCACUCCUGAAGGAGAGGCGGCAUUGAGAGAAAACCAUGCGGUGCAGCAGGGUUGUGGUGCGUCUUGGAUCCGGCUGAUGGAUCCCAAAGAGCUGCGCACGAGGUUCCCUUGGCUCUGUACAGAUGGAGUUGCACUGGGCUCCUUUGGUGAACGCAAUGAGGGCUAUUUCGACCCCUGGGCAUUGCUUCAGGCCAUGCGUAAAGCUGCCAUGGCCAGAGGUGUUGAGUUUAUCGAGCAGUCCGUGACGGGCAUUCAGGUGUCCAAGAACCAUAUCGAGGCCCUUACUCUCGGCGAUGGCACCAGAGUCUCUGUGGCAACGGUCGUAAACGCUGCAGGCGCCUUUGGCGGACAUGUGGUGCAGAUGUGCGGCGAUGUGACCCCACUACCAGUGGUGCCACGCAAGCGGUGCAUGUUUCUCUUCCAUGUGGGCCAAGAGGUGACCAGUGACGGGACGCCUCGGCCACCAGACAACACCCCGCUCACCAUUGAUGCGAGUGGUGUGUAUUUUCGUUCAGAAGGCUCUUGUGCCCGCUUUCUGUGCGGUGUGAGCCCCAAGCCAGAGGACGACCACGACUGCGAUGCCGAUGCAGUCGACCACGUGGAUUACGAACUCUUCGAGGAGGUGAUUUGGCCAGCUUUGGCGGAGCGAGCUCCGGCUCUGGAGGCCAUUAAGCUGGAAUCCUCUUGGGCCGGGCUCUACGAGUACAACACACUGGACCAAAAUGGUGUGGUGGGGUGGCAUCCAGAUGUGUCCAAUCUUUUGAUCGCUUGUGGCUUCAGUGGCCACGGCCUUCAGCAGGCGCCGGGCGUUGGCCGCGCUGUUGCAGAGCUGAUCUCCUUCGGUGGGUACAGAACCAUUGACCUCUCCAUUCUGAGCUACGAUCGAAUCCAGCGGAAUGAGCCGGUGUUCGAACAAGGCAUUUAUUGAGCGGGUUUUGCCUGCCAAAGCAGGAGGGAGAUCAGAAAAGGGAGCUCUAAGCACACAACCCCGCAUCCAUAGAGCGGCUCCAUAGAGCGGCAAACAAUCAAUUUAUUUGACCAUUUGAUUCUUCAAUGGCUUCGACGAAGCUCUGGAACGGUUGUGCCACUGAACGGCAACUUCUCACAGGUCACAUUGACUGUUGGUCACAGAAGCAGCGAGUGGGUUCAGUUAAGGAAGGUCAAGGAACUGCAAGGAUGAGCCAGGUAAACCAUUGUAAACCAAAACUUGGGUCGCAGUUGCGCCAAGCAUCGCUGCCAAUCUUCGUAGAUCUUGGCAGCUUAUUCCAAGUGUGGGAAAGGCAUGGUCAUAGCUUUCUUGGCUGAAUCUGACCUUAGCCUUGGCUGCUCUCAGCAUCACGGAAGCC